AUGUCUAAUGGACAGAACCAGUCAGGGUCAGGUAGCAGAGACCAUUUACAAUCAGAAAUAACCCAUACUCCUUUUGUAUGCCACUCAAUGGAUCCCAAGCCUUCACAUUUGCUUCUCACUGUAGAAAAUGUAGAAAAACUUCAAGAGGAGUAUCCUGUGUCUAAAUCUGCCCUUACUAGAAGGUCAAUAGAAGCAUAUAUUACACAGAGUAAUCUCUUUUUGAAUGAGAAUGAAACUAGUACAGAUGGAAGCAAGGAGCAAAAUCUGUCAGAUGAAAAAAAAUCAAAGUCAACUUCCAUUGUUCCACAAAGAGAAGAUACCUGUGAAGAUCACUCAGAAAACGUCGAAGAAAUCUCAAAAAAAGAUUCGCAGACAAGAUCUCCAUCAACUUCAGUUCUCAAAGCUCAAGCAUCAAAAAAACAUGAUGUUGCCGAUUUGGAAACUCAGACAGAAUGGAGUUACUCAGACGGAAUGGAUUCAACUGAAAAAAGGAGAAGGAAGCUGGACUGGGCAAACAUGAAUGAAAAGUUGAAAUCUGUAUUUGUUUGUUCUACAGAGAUAAAAAUUUGCAGCAUAGGGGAAGGAAGAGAAGAGAUUGAAAUGGCCAGUAAAGAGAGUGUUUCUGCUGAAGAGGAGAUCCAUAUGGAGACUCUGUUCAAAGCUGAGAGUCAUUCUAUCACUGAUCUUUGCCACCUUGGUUGCUGUGAGUUUUGUACCACCAUGCUAAGGCCUUUACCAACAGCGGAAGAAUUGGACGAUAAGCCAGAUACAAUGGAGAGUUUUCUCUGUUGCAGGACAUACAAGGAUGUUUUCCAGUGUGUAGUUCAGGAGCUGUUAGAAACCAGCUCCCCAGAAAGUGAAAUUGACAUCACUCCUCACCCACACCUUUCAAACACUGCAGUGGAGAGCAGGACUAAAAAGACACUGAUGAAGGAGAUACAAGAUCGAGGUUUUGAGAACUACAGGGAAGUAUUUGAGCAAUAUAUGAAGUUUGGCACAUGUGUCAAAAUUAGAUUCAAAUUAUCAGCCUAUCAACCAAAACCCCAAACAGUUGCUCUUAAGCAGUAUCCGGAGCCGAAAGAAGUACUGACAAUAGACUUGGAGUUCAAAGCGGAACAAUUAAAGUUUUGCCAGCCUACCAAGCCGGUGAAAAGAUGUUAUCCUGAUGGGAAGAUAUUCUAUUUUUUUUUUCCAGAUGGAACGGGACAAGUAUAUUACCCAUCCGGAAAUAUUGCUAUUCUCAUAACCUAUGUAAAAGACAUUCAGUUCACAUACAUCAUUCUAAAGGACAACAGUUCCUAUGAAAUGCAGGCGUUCUUCACAAAUCAGGGCUUUGCAGUAUGUUAUCAUGAAAAUGGGAAUAUCAGGUUGAAUCUGGGCCUUUGCUUUGGCUCCUACUUUAAUCAGAAGGGAAUUAGACAGAAAUACUGGAACUGGUGGGACACCAGCUGCCAUGUUCAUGCACCUCCUUUCCAGCCCAUCUGCAUUCAAUUGAAUGUUUACAUCCAGGUUAAAAUUGAAGCCCAGGAUCAGAUUUUCCUAACGUUUACUAAAGUUCAUGACUGCCUCCAGCUGAAUGUUGGUGCAAGGCUAAAACUGAAAGAUCCAAACACGCUGCAGUUUCUUCAGAGACCUGAAAUCUCGGGACAGCUAAGUCACUCCAAGAUUCUGCAGAUAAGAAAGGUCUUAGCCAACUUGCAGAAACUACUGAAAAAGAUAUGUUCUACUCCAUCUGAAGAAACCAAAUACCUAUAUCACAUAAUAUCAGACCUGUGUGACCACAUGCAUUGCCGACGCAAAAUGAGAAUUCAACCUAAGCAAAGGCACAGAUGA